AUGGCUCAGACAAAUAUAGAUGAAACUGUUGCCAAAUAUGAACGUUUUAUAAACGAUGUGUUGAAAGAAGAUUUGCGAAUAUUGCAUCUGAAGCUACAACAUGUGAACGCUGAAGUUUCUGAUUUGAUACAGCAAAAACAUACAUUAAAAGUGCUACUGGACAAAAAUGUGCACCCAAACGGAUUUAAAUCUCAAGUUAAUAUAGGAUGCAAUUUUUUUAUGGAAGCCACGGUGACGGACACUUCACGAUUAAUUAUGAAUAUCGGACUAAACCAUUAUUUAGAAUUUUCAGUCGAAGAAGCACUAAAAUACUUGGAUGCUAGAAUUAAAGCUUAUGAAUUAAAUUCAGAAGAACUGUGUAAUAAGGCUGCUGAAACAAAAGCACACAUUAAGUUGAUGUUGUUUAAUGUUGGUGAACUAGAAAAUCAAAAAUACACUAAGAAAAGUUGA